GCUGAAGAGUUCUUGCCAUGCAUUCAGCAUAUUGAGUUAGAGACAUACAAGGACAUGUUGUCAAUCGAUGCGAUCUCGUUAUUCAAAUCCAUCCCGUCCGCAUUGGCUCUCAACACUAUAAACAGCCUUCUUCGUGAAAAAUAUGACGAGACCGAGAAACAGCUCAAACAAUCGAACAUCGACGACCCCGUUUACUUGUGUCUUAAGACCUUUCUCACCUUCAACAUCCAAGUGUACGAGGACAGGGGACAGGGGAUAAGAAUGGGCUGCCCUACGUCUGGACUCAUUGCGAACGCGGUCAUGCAGAGGGCCGAGCAGCUGGUCAAUAUAACCUUCUCCUACUCUGAUUCUCCAAGACUACUCUACAAUAUCCUAAGGAACCGGGCCUGGAAGAUCGCAGUCGCUAGGGUUGAACCUAGAAGCCUACAACCAAGGCAGAACUCACCCGGCCUUCCAACUCGUCUCGAGACGGACGCGACACUGCAGUGCUCUCUCACGGUGUUGAUGGUCGAACUCAACGCCGGGCCGAGUGGACCGGUGCCAAGAAAUCUGGCUGCAUCAGCUCUGAAUUCAACUACCAUCCACGUGACCUGGAGUGAACCAACCAUUCCAUAUCGAUUCAACUACUCCUACCGCCUUUCGUUCAGCAGCGGGAAAAUUGAGAAAAGUUACAAGCUGAAGGAGACAGAAGACACAAUAGCCGACCUGAAGCAAGCUUCCUCUUACCACGUCUCUGUCCAGGCGGUUGACAUAUGUGACGUGCCCUUUCCCGCUAAAGCAUUCAGGAACGUGCAAACACCAGACAGCGAUGCGCCGCUUUUAAGAGAUCUGACUGCUCGGCCGCUAAACUCCACAUCCAUCCGCGUGACCUGGGAGGCAGCAACUGAUCCAAAUGACGUUGGAGUCCAGUAUCGCCUGUGGUGGUACAGUACCAAUGAGCGAAAGAGUUACAAUGUGCAAAAGACAAAGAAAACAAUAACCAACCUGAGUCCGGAUUCUACUCUCAAUGUCACAGUGCAAGCUUUCAACGCGAGGGGUGCUCCUUUGGGCGGUGUGGCAUUCACUUCCACACAAACGCCACCCAGUGGUAAUAUACGCUUAAAUGCCAUGUACUGCUUAAUCGUUGCAAAUUAA